AUGAAGUUCUUCCUCCUCAGUGCCAUUGCCCUAUUUGCGUCGGCGACCACCGCCCAAACCAACAACACCUUCACGGUUUUCGACGACCGCGCUCGAACGUUGAUUGAGGAGGAUGAAUUUCUCUUGUUUUUCCAAAAUGCCAAGGUAAACCGCGCUUGCCACGAACAAAACGCCAACUACAUCUCGUCCCUCAAGGCCGGACAGUACUCGACCAGUGCGUUCUACAACUGCUUCCGCACCCUCGAUCAAAUCAACGAGUUCAUCGAUACCUUGGUCGCCCAAAACUCGAACUUGGUGAGCAAGUUUGCCAUCUCUAAGACGUACAAGGGGGCCACGAUUUACGGGUACAAGCUGACCAAAGGCCACUCGAAAUCGCUGUACUUUCAAGCCCUGCAACAUGCCCGCGAAUGGGUCGCGGGAUUACACACCGCCCCUGGGCGAGCAGGCGCGUUACAGUUGGCGAAGCGGUUCCACAACAUGUAA